AGUAAUAAAAUUGGCAACGCAAAACUUGACCACCAGCUCCAUGCCGCUCAAAAAUGAACGACAGUUUCGUUCAAUUAUUGCGGGUGUACAAAAGACGAGAAAGACAAAAGAUGGCUAUCCGAAAGAAGGACGGUGGUGCUGAUUUCAAGUUUUUUGAGUCCGCUGACAUUGCUUCCCAGCUUGAUAAUGUGAAAUCAUGGCUUCAAAGAAAUUGCAAGAGGUGGAUCCAGGCUGAGCCUCCCACCAAUAAGAGCAUUGCAAGUAUGCUCGCUCAGCUUAUACAGUUCCAGGAAGAUGCCUUUGGGAGACAUGUCAGCAACCCUCCUCUGACCAGAGUACCUCAAAAAGUCUUUCUGGAUUUCAAGUCAGGAGGGGGUCUUUGCAAUGUUCUAAUGGCUGUAUACCGAUUCAAGAGUGAACAGGGAUGGAGACGAUUUGACUUCCACUCCCCGUCACGCAUGGACCGCAACGUAGAGAUGUUCAUGCAGAUCUCCAAGACACUGAUCCAGAACAAGUGUUUUGUCUUGCCCCAGGUCUGCAUCCACAACAGUGUGGAGCCAAAGCUUGCUGCUAAGCUCACUGAUAUUGUAAAGAGACACCAGGGUACAGUUUCUGAAGACCCCGAAGUAGCGACUCACCUUGUAUUCUCUCCUCCAAUACCCCUGGCUGAAGGUGAGGAGUAUCUGAGACCCAUUGGACGUAAAGAGCGCUCCACCCUGGUGCAUUGGUGGUACUACCCAGACAGCUAUGAUACCUGGGUCCCAUCCUCAGAAGUACAUGGUGAUCCUGAACACCUUUCUACAAUGGACGGCCCAUGGGAGGUGAAUGCCAAAUGGAUCUUAGAUCUGGAUGAGUUCAACGAAUGGAUGAAUGAAGAAGAUUAUGAGAUGCAAUUGGACGGAGAUGAUAGAGUUGCCAUUACCCCAGCUAUUGGACGCACCCGGAGACGUGCAUACCCAGCAAGGCCCAUUGCAGAUGAUGGUUCUACCGAUGGUGACCAUGAGAGAGGUAUGAACAAGCGAGGGGGCCCUGGUAAGAAAAGGAAGCGAUCGCCAUCUCCACCACCUGACAAACGAAGAAAGAAACCUGGCAGGAGCCCAGCACCAGGACCCAAGAAACGUGGAGCCAAAGAUGAAGAGGAGGAUCUAACAAAAGACCUGGAGAAUCCUCCCUCUGUCCCAUCUCUGCAGGAGGUGGAGCUACCAAAAGUUGUUCCAGGCAGUAGGAGUGGUAAAGACAAUGAAAUGCAACCUGUCAAAAGUGGAACAAUGAUGGAUCUAGAUGAAAACAAGGAAGAGCCCAUGGACAUCAAUAAGCAGCCUGAUGAAUCCCAAAGCAGUUCCAUUGUCAAUGGAGAAGAGAAAGACAGGAAUGGUGCACCGGAUAUCCAUGAAGAUAAUGUUACAGAGCAGACCCAUCACAUCGUGGUACCAAGCUAUUCUGCAUGGUUUGACUACAACAGUAUCCAUGCCAUAGAGAGGAGAGCCCUUCCUGAAUUCUUCAACACCAAGAACAAGUCAAAAACACCUGAAGUAUUCAUGGCAUAUCGCAACUUUAUGAUCGACACUUAUCGGCUGAACCCAACAGAAUAUUUGACAUUCACUGCAUGUAGAAGAAACUUGGCUGGGGAUGUGAGUGCUAUUAUGAGGGUACAUGCAUUCCUGGAGCAGUGGGGUUUGGUCAAUUACCAGGUAGAUGCUGACAACAAGGCCACGCCCAUGGGACCUCCCCCUACCUCACACUUCCAUGUUCUGGCCGACACCCCUUCAGGCCUGCAGCCGGUACAGGCCAGCAAGUCGGGAAGUGGAUCAAAGCAAUCCAACUCAACUCAGAUGAUGAGCAUGACGGAUAAGGACAGUGCUAAGGAUACAAAGAGCACAGACCUGACAAACUUUGGGCUUAGACAAGAUAUGUAUGCAACAAAGAAGUCUCAAAUAUCUAAGGCCAAGGGAACAUCAUCCAGUAACAUCAAGGAUUGGACAGACCAAGAGACCUUGCUCUUACUUGAAGCCCUUGAGAUGUACAAGGAUGAUUGGAACAAGGUCUCAGAACAUGUCGGUAGCAGAACCCAAGAUGAGUGUAUUCUUCAGUUCCUCAGACUUCCUAUCGAAGAUCCUUAUCUCCAUGAUGGUCCAUCAGCCCUAGGUCCUCUUGCCUACCAACCCAUCCCAUUCAGUCAGUCAGGGAAUCCCUUGAUGAGUACUGUGGCAUUCCUUGCUUCAGCAGUAGACCCUAGAGUGGCAAGUGCAGCAGCAAAGGCAGCUAUUGAGGAGUUUGCCAAGAUGAAAGACGAGGUGCCCACCACCCUGGUAGACGUCCAUAUCCGCAGGGUCGAGGAUGCAGCAGAGAAGGGUCUCCUGGACAACAGGUACCUCCUGGGUGUGAGUGGCAUUGCAGGUACCAAUGAGCAGCAGGAGGGGGAGACCAAGGAUCAGGAGCAGCAGCAGCAGCAGAAGCCAGGAGAAGGUGGAGACAAGGAGUGGACCGCCACUGCUACGGAAGGAGACAAGGAGGAGGACAGCAAAGAUCAGGUGCCCAUCGUGAAAGAAGAGAACAAAUCCCCGGCCAAACCGCCUUCCCAGGAUGAGACUCCAACGUCAACAGACGGCGCUGCAAAAGAAGGCGAGGACCAAGCACAACCGAUGGACACCAGCAAUGGCACCACGGCACCACCCGCCCCAACACAGCUUCAAGAGCAGCAACCUUCUCAAUCACCAAAGGAACUGACACCACCAGCCAUAGAGAUCAAGAAGGAGUCCGGAGAGACGGAAGGAAUGACUGAUGGAGAGGAGGGAGAGAAGAAGGAUGGAGAGAGCGGAGAAGGAGCAGUAGAAAAGAUGGAUGCAGGUGGAGAUGCUGGUGAAAAGAAAGAAGGAGAAGAGGCAAAAGAAGAGGAGGCCAAAGAAAAACCAGACAAAGUUAAAAAGUUUGAAGAGAAUAUAGACACUGGAAACCUUGCAACUGCUGCCGCUUCUGCACUGGCGGCUGCUGCAGUCAAAGCAAAGCACCUUGCUGCAAUGGAAGAGAGAAAGAUCAAGAGCUUAGUAGCCCUCCUGGUGGAGACACAGAUGAAGAAGCUGGAGAUCAAGCUCCGUCAUUUUGAGGAGCUAGAGACAAUCAUGGACAGGGAGAGAGAAGCUUUGGAGUACCAGAGACAGCAACUUCUGGCCGAUCGUCAGCAGUUCCAUCAGGAGCAGCUUAGAGUAGCCGAGAUGAGGGCACGCCAGCACGCCCAGGCUAUGGCAGCCAUGUCCCAGGCACAGUCAUCGGGCUUUACUCAACAGCCAUCCUCGGCAGCACCGCAACCUAGUAGCAUGACACAAGUGACUACAUCAACGGCAACAUCAGUGACAUCUGCGGGAGCCGUGCCACCACAGCAACCUAGUCAGCAACCCGGUGUCCAACCAUCUGUGCAACCACAAACACAGCAACCAGCAGGAUCUGGUAGCAUGCCAACUGAGCAGUCCCAGGAUGCAUCGGGGGAAGCAGUGCCCGCUACUGGUCAAGAACAAGGCAACUCCAAUCAACCUCCCCAGCUAGCUCCAUCAGUUGAAGCAGGAGCUCCUGUUACUGAUGCCCCUGAUGUGCCCCCCUCCCAAGAUGCCCCACCCCCAGAAUCAAGUGACAAACCUAUGGAGACUACAAGUGGCAGUGAUGUAAAGGAUUCCGAAGAAUCAAUGGACACCAGUGAUGUACCAAGUAAACCAGAUGGAAGUACCCCCUCUAGUGAGAGUAAAGAAACAACCCCACCAUCUGGUGAGAUGUCUGCUAUGGAAACAGAUAGCAAGGAAGCCCCACCCACCAGCACAGAAGCUGAGGGUGAAGUAAAACCACCAAGCAGUGAUGGGGGAGAAGGGAAGAAACCAGAGAAUUCGGAGACCAGCUCGGAACCCAAACCCUCCUCGUAACCCUCUCAGUAACCAUGACAACCGUGUAUCAUCAACCAUUCCCUGAAAGUCAAGGCAAUCUUCUCCAUUUAUCUUGAUUCUCAACUGUUUAUCAUAGAUGAAUGAUGUUGCUUCAGCUUUAUUAUGCCCAUAAAAUAUCCUAAAAGGGAGGAGAUGUAAAGAAGUUGUAGAAAACAGUUCAGUGUAAUUUGCAGAUAAUUGCAAUUUAUUUAUAAACGUCUUUGUAAAGGCAAGUCAUUUAUCAUGGCCUGUUUUGAUGUAAAUAUUGUACAUGUUUAGCUAUCCUUGUAGUGCCUCGUUUUUGUUCAAAUCAUAAGAUAGUGUAGGGGAAUAGGAUUGGAAUAUUCCUUGAUCAUCAAGGAAAAAUGUUGCUUGUUACAGAAAACUGUACAAUAUGUUUAAUUCUACUCUAAGCACAAGUUAUGAAUGUAAAAUGAUCAUAACAUUAAGAAUAUUUUUGGAAUGACAUUGGUGCUUUUGAAAUCUUUGAGAUUGAGGAGAUUUGCCAUAUUUUAAGUUAAUGAUCCGCAUGAACAUUAAAGCUCUAGAUUUGAAAGAUGGAUAAAUGGUCCUUUUUGAUCCUGACGAUCAUUAAGACUAGCAUUGUAAAAGAGAUAAAUCCCCCUUUUUCAAAUUACUUUUCCCCCAAGGCAUUUUUCACAGUAUCGCCAUAAAAUCGUUACAGACACAAAGAAGUUUUUCACCCUGAAUUAUACCUAUUAAGAGCACUUGACUGAAAUUAGUCAUAAAAUCAAUGUCCUUUUCAGAAACACUAAUAGCCCACCUACCAUGUUAAAAGCAGUAUGCCAUUUUAUAAAUCAUCAAAAGGAAAAUAUUGAUAAAAAUUGUAAAGUCAUCAAGCAUUUAAACUCUUAUUCAUACAGUUCUUUUUUUUCCAAUAAUGGCCAUGAAAUGGGACUCAUUUUCUUUGUCCAUUAGUUCUCUUGUAUUAGGGUAUCUAAUAAGUCUUACCUUGAAAUUUGAACAAAGUUGACUGUAUUCAUAAUGGCUUCCCAAGUCUAAUCCUGAACUUUUAUCCAACAAUAGCAAGCUUUCAGGUAGAGAUUUAACAUAAGAAAAUAUGUUGGCCCAAUCUUCGCAGAAAAUAGAAUACCUAAUGGGUGUUUCACAUCCCCCUCCCCCAAAAAAAUAGAAACCCAGCUUCAAUUAUUUUAAUGAUAUAUUCAGUAACUCAUCUGCCGUUAAGAUUCAUAUUGGCAUCAAGUAGGAAAUUAUUAGGUUUCUAGGACCAUGGAUUACUGAAGACUUGUUUCGAAGUUUGCAGGACUGCAUUUGUUUUCCUUUCAGCUUCACACAUAGUGCACAAUCAUGAACAUUUAUGAUACAUUAAAAGACAUCCAAUAAAAUACAACACACAACAUUACCCUGUCUGUCUAUUUCUACAUAAAGUGUAAGUGAUCUUCCUACAUUUUUGUGCAUGUUAGAGAGAACAGUCAGUGAUGCAUAGUCCUCAGAAACAUUAUCAAGGUUUAUAUUUUGAGAAUACUUAUCAGUUAAACUUUCACUUGAUUGAUAUAAAUUUGAUGGCAACUUGUAUUCUCAUGGAGAAUUAUUACAUUGGGGUUUCUACUUUUUCGUUAAGCAUCCAUUAUUCAUGUUAUUUUUAAUUUACUGUAUGUUUGAAAGAUAUACUGGCAAAUGUGACCAAGGAUGUGAAAUUUCCUUGAUGUGACUGAGUUGUAAUUCAAAGUUGAAAGGGAGAAUGGUUUUGAUGAUCUCCUGUAAAUCAAUUCAUAAAAGGGGGGUUGGAUAGGCUAAUACAAAUCAACCUUUAUAUUAUUUCUUCUUUCUUCAGACAUUAGACGUGUCCCAUCUCUCCUAAAAUCAUGAUUAUGUUUAGUGUUCAGUAAUUUUUGUUGGUUGGUUUUCAUUUAAUGCCCUGUAUUGUCCAUCAAUGAAAAGCCACUAAUUUUUGUUAUCAUUAUUAUUUAUUACUUUUUUGUAAUUUGUUUUGUUGAUAUCUUGUAUUGUGUCUGUAAGCAUCAAGGAAUAAAGCCAUUUUGUAACAAAGGAAUGGAAAAAAAUCAUAA